AUGUGUAACAGCUUAUUAAUGCAAAUAUCUAAUCAGCCAAUGGCAGCAACUCAGUGAACUGAGGCAUGUUGUUUUGUUGGAGAUGACCAGCUGCAGUUCAAACUGAGCAUGAGAAUGGGACAGAAAGUGGAUUUAAAUGACUUUAAAUGUGGCAUUGUUGGUGGUGCCAGACAGGCUGGUCUGAGUAUUUCUGAAACUGCUGACCUGCUGGGAUUUUCUAGGGUUUAAAGAGAAUGGUCUGAAAAAGAAAAACUACCAAGUGAGCGACUCUCUGGGUGAAAAUUACUUGUUGAUGUUAGAGGAUAAUAAUCAGAGUGGUUUGAGCUCACAGGAAGGAAACAGUAUGUGAAAUAACAACCCAACACAAUUAGACCAUGCGGAAGAGCAUCUCAGAAUGUACAACACAUCGAACCUUGAAGCAGCAGAAGACCACUAACCGUGAUGGUGUGAGCUUUCUGCUGUCAUGAGCGCUCUGUUUGCCUGUGAGGAGCCAGCCGCAUGGAGGAAAGUGUAUGAGAAAUACUGGGAUGUAGUGGAGGCCAAGGCCAAAGUCAAGAAACCUGGGAAGCUGCUGGACCUUGAGCGGUGGUACCAACAGGAGCUGCCCUCACUGAUUUCAAGUCGGCCUGACAAACACGUCUCUCUAUCAGAGCUAAAGAAACUGAUGGAGUGGAAGCUCACUAGAGGGAAGUUCAGGCCGAGGCUGCAGCAGCUGGUGGCUUCCAACAGCGAGGACGAGGUGGAGAAAUGUUCCAGAAAGGCCUUCAGCCUUCUCCCUGACGUGCAGGCCGCCAUCGCAGAGCUCAGCUCCCUGAAAGGAGUCGGCCCAGCCACUGCUUCAGCUGUGUUAGCAGCAGGAGCUCCAGAACAGGCUGCGUUCAUGUCUGAUGAAGCCAUGGAGAGCGUACCGGGACUGAAGCCCAUCCAGUACACCGCCAAGCACUACACAGUGUACCUGGAAAAGAUGACUGAGAGGACCGAAAAACUAAACAGAGUGGAUCCGCUGCAGGACUGGACGCCCCACAGGCUGGAGCUGUGUUUGUGGGCGAUGAGCAUAGCCACACAGCUGCAUCUCCAACUUCUAAAGGACAUCGAUGUGAGGGGGAGCGCAGUGGGGAAGAAGUGCUCCGACAGUGAAGCUGACCAGAGACCAACAAAGAAACUCAAAUCUGCAUAAAACCGAACAUUUUACAUGAAUGCCGAUUUAAAAUUUGUAGUUUUUUCCUUUUUCCAAAAUGAUAAUAAAACCUUUUUG